AUUGAAGAUGGAGGCAAAGCAGCCUUGUCCCAGAAGAUGCGGACUGGUGAUGAGCUGGUGAAUAUCAAUGGCACUCCAUUGUAUGGCUCCCGCCAAGAGGCCCUCAUCCUUAUCAAAGGCUCCUUCAGGAUCCUCAAGCUGAUUGUCAGGAGGAGAAACAUCCCCGUCAGUAGGCCGCACUCAUGGCAUGUGGCCAAGCUAUUGGAGGGGUGCCCUGAAGCGGCUACCACCAUGCAUUUCCCUUCUGAAGCCUUCAGCUUGUCUUGGCAUUCUGGUUGCAACACAAGUGACGUGUGUGUGCAGUGGUGCCCCCUCUCCCGGCACUGCAGCACUGAGAAAAGCAGCUCAAUCGGCAGCAUGGAGAGCCUAGAACAGCCAGGCCAAGCUACCUACGAGGGUCACCUCUUGCCUAUCGACCAGAACAUGUACCCCAGUCAGCGUGACUCGGCCUACAGUUCCUUCUCAGCUAGCUCAAAUGCCUCUGACUGUGCCCUUUCCCUUAGGCCAGAGGAACCACCCGCCACAGACUGUGUCAUGCCAGGCCCAGGGCCAACUAAAGCCACCGAUGGCCGAGCUAAUGCAUGUGAGACCUCAGAAAGUAGCCACAGUACUAGUGGGGACCGUGGGACCUCCACUUCCCAAGAGUCAUCCUGUCCAGAGGAGGGUCAACACUCAGGACCUGCCAAGAUGGUACAAGGUCCACCAGAGCCUCCUGUGAGGCGGGACAGCCUUCGGGCCUCUAGAGCUCAGCUCCUCAAUGGAGAGCAGCGCCGUGCGUCUGAACCUAUGGACUCCUUGCAACAGAAGGAGAAACAAGGCUUAGAGACACUGCUGCCUCCAAGGAGCCCUAACCAAUUCUGCUGCGUAAGUGGGCAAGACCAAGUGACAGGCGAGGGCCACCAGAACUGUGAGCUCAGCCAGCCUUCUGAAUCCAGCCAGGAGGACUCUGAGCAUCUACUGAUAGAGGGCUCCUCCAAAGCGCUUGAUUCCCCAAAAACCCAUGACAAGGGUUCUAGCAGAGAGUUCAGCCUGCUCAAGGAGGCUUCAGCAGAUUUGGCUAACCCUUUGUCCUUUGGUGCCAUCUCACACCUCCGAGGAAGCACAGAGCAUCGCCAUAGUGCUCCGGAACAGCUGCUGGCGUCCCAGUUGCAGCGCAUGCGCGUGGAUUCCAGAGGUGGCAAGGGGAUGGAGUUGCCAGCUGGGCAGGAUGGGCACCAGUGGACGGUGUCCCCUUUGCACAACAACCCUAAGGGAAAGAAAAGUCUAGGUCUCCCUACAGGAGACCCUCAGGACCAGCCUAUCAAAGAAAGGAAGGCCAGGCCCAUAGAUGAUAAGGCGAUGGGUCCCGUGUACCAGAGCCAAAGUGGUUCCCCACUUGGAGAGGUCAAUGGACCCCUGCCAGAACGAACUUACUUAGACCCAAACCGAGCAAGCAGAGCAGGCAGUGACUUGGCUAGCCAGCAGCCCUCUGCCACUUGCUCCCCUAUUCAACAAGCCAGAGACGUCUUUUCAACCUCUAAAGUGGCUGGUCAUGCAGAAGCAACUGAAGAAGGUGACAGUGAACCCAAGGAAGGUGGCCGAUUAGGUGGCAGAAGGAGUGGAGGUCCCCGGGGCCGCUCCAUCCAAAACCGGCGGAAGAGCGAGAGGUUUGCUACCAAUCUUCGUAAUGAAAUUCAGAGGAGGAAAGCCCAGCUCCAGAAAAGUAAGGGUCCAUUGUCACAGUUGUGUGACACUAAGGAGCCAGUUCAAGAGACCCAAGAGCCUCCAGAAAGCCCCCCACUCCCUGCUUCUAACUCGGCUCUCCUGUCUUCAUAUAAAGAAGUCCCUAGCCCGGGAGACAAGCUCUUCAAUAAAAGCAUGAUUCUCAGGGCUAGGUCUUCAGAAUGCCUCAGCCAAGGCUCAGAGAGCUCCAAAGCUAGAGUAGGCUUAGAGGGAAGGCUAAGCCCUGGCCAGAGGUCCGGCCAGUCUUCUUUGAGCCUGAACACCUGGUGGAAGGCAUCUGACUCACCCUCCUUAGACACUGACAAAGCAAAUGCUCCCCCUGGGGUCUGUGGAGGUCAAUGGAGAUGGUCGCCAGAAUAUAACCCACAGGCUCAUGUGCCACUAUCCACAGAAGGUCCUUCCAGCCCAGAUGACAGCAAGGAACUGAAGGCAUCUACUGCUCAAGCUGGGGAAGAAGCCAUUCUCUUGCCGUUUGCAGACAGAAGAAAGUUCUUUGAAGAGAGCAGUAAAUCCUUGUCUACAUCUCAUUUGCCAGGCUUAACCACUCAUAGCAACAAGCCUUUUACCCAGAGACCAAAGCCUAUCGACCAAAACUUCCAGUCAGUGAGCUAUAGGGAAUUGAGAUGCCAUCCCCUGGACCAAUCAUAUCAUUCCACAGACCAACCAUACCAUGCCACAGACCAAUCAUAUCAUUCCAUGUCACCACUUCAGUCAGAAACUCCCACUUACCCAGAAUGCUUUGCUACCAAAGGCCUAGAAAAUUCCCUGUGCUGUAAGCCACUGCACUGUGGGGAUUUCGAUUACCACAGGACCUGUUCCUAUUCCUGCAGUGCUCAGGGAACUGUAAUGCAUGAUCCUUGCAUUUAUUGUUCUGGAGAAAUCUGCCCUGCAUUGCUAAAGAGAAAUUUGUUGCCAAAUUGCCUCAAUUGUAGAUGUCACCACCACCAAUGCAUUCGAUGUACAGCUUGCUAUCAUAAUCCUCAGCAUGGUGCCCUUGAGGACAGCAGCCUGGCAUCUGGCAGUGCUUGGAAAUCCAGGAAGUCAGCAAUACAGGAAUUUCCUGGGGACAAGUGGAAGCCAAUAACCAGCAACAGGAAAACUAGCCAUUCAGGGAGGGAAAUGGCUCAUUCUAAGGCCAGCUUUUCAUGGUCUACUCCCUUCCACCCUUGCCUUGAAAACCCAGCACUGGACUUGUCAAACUACCAAGCAAUCUCAUCUCUUGACCUCCUUGGAGACUUCAAACUCGCCUUGAACAAAGCAGAGGAAUCUUCAGUUUAUGAAGAUGGGAGUUCUGUUGCCUCCAUUCCCCGCCCACUGCGAAACCGAGCCUUUUCAGAGAGUCACAUCAGCUUGGAACCUCCAAACCCCCGGGCCUGGGGCAUGCCUCAGAGGGAGCCAUUUACUAAAGGCAGUGAGACUCAGCCAGAACUCCUUGGGGCCCGAAAGAAGGCUUUCCCUCCCCCUCGCCCUCCUCCUCCCAACUGGGAAAAAUAUAGGCUUUUCCGUGCAGCCCAGCAGCAGCAGAAACAGCAGCAGCAACAACAACAGCAGCAGCAACAGCAACAACAACAGCAGCAGCAACAGCAACAGCAGCAGCAGCAGAGGUGUGAUGAGGAAGUAGAUGAGAAGAAGGAGCAAGAGCAGGAGGAGGAGGGACGGAAAGAAGAGGACCUACCACCCCAGUAUUUUAGUUCCGAAACCACUGGUUCCCAUGCCCCUAAUCCAGAUGAGGGCCUGGAACAGCCACAACCCCUGAAGGUGGGCCACCUGGAGGCCUCAAGGCAGUCCUCACAGAGUCUCCCAGAGCAAGAGGUCUUUGCUCGUCAUCCCAGUGAUUUUGUGCCUCCUGUAAGGGGCCACACUGGAGCCCAGCCUGAGAAAGCUCAACCUCCUUGCUAUUAUGGCGCUCGUGGAUUGUGGAGGACAACUGAGCAGGAAGCCACUGUGACCCCAAAACAAGAGUUUCAGCACCUCUCACCUCCUCCAGGGGGCCCAGGAAUCUCUACCUCUUACUCAGCAUAUUAUAAUAUCUCUGUGGCCAAGGCAGAACUGCUGAAUAAAUUAAAAGAGCAGCCCGAGAUGGCAGAGGCAGGCCUGGGAGAGGAGGGAGUUGACUAUGAACUGGCUCAAAAAAAGAUUCAGCUCAUUGAAAGCAUUGGCCGGAAACUUUCUGUCCUGCGGGAGGCCCAACGAGGGCUCCAGGAUGAUAUCAAUGCCAAUUCUGCCCUUGGAGAAGAGGUAGAGGCCAACUUAAAAGCUGUCUGCAAAUCCAAUGAGUUUGAAAAGUAUCAUUUGUUUAUUGGGGACCUGGACAAAGUGGUCAACCUGUUGCUGUCACUCUCUGGACGACUGGCCCGGGUAGAGAAUGCUCUCAACAGCAUCGAUUCAGAGACCAGCCAGGAGAAGUUGGUGCUGAUAGAGAAGAAGCAGCAGCUGACAAGCCAGCUGGCAGAUGCCAAGGAGCUGAAGGAGCACGUGGACCGCCGGGAGAAGCUGGUGUUCGGCAUGGUCUCCCGAUACCUGCCUCAGGACCAGCUCCAAGAUUACCAGCACUUUGUGAAGAUGAAGUCUGCACUCAUCAUUGAACAGAGAGAGCUGGAGGAGAAGAUUAAACUUGGGGAAGAGCAACUUAAAUGCCUCAAAGAGAGCCUGAACUUGGGGCCCAACAAUUUCUAAUUCUGCGGGUGCCCCUGCACCCCUGCCCAGCUGCAGGGGAAAGUGCUUUCAGUCUCCAGUAGCAGGUGCACUAGCCAAGUAUAUAGAAAGUACUUAGCAGAUGGUUUCAGCCAUCCCCCAAAGAGAGCCUGGGACGGCCCCAGGGCUGCAGCAAGGUGUGGUUGUAUUACCAUGCUCUUUCCCAGUGAGUGGGAGCCCUUCGCUGCCCAUUGAACCAUUAAAGUGCCUUCAUCUCUGUACUAGGACACCAAAGACGUCACAGACUCAGUCCUCUCCCUUGCCACAUACCCUCUUCAUGGUCAGUGCAAAUCUGCCUUGCAAUGUCCCCCUUCCCUAGGGCUAGUGACCUAGCUUAGCUAUUGUCCACAGAUUUGCUUGAGUUGAAUGCAUUCACCUAACACCAGCUUCAGGCCCUCUCCCAAAAUUGGCAGCAGGAGGCACAGAAGGAGAGAUUGCACAUAAGGGGAGCAAAUGUUGGGUAUACCCAUGUAUUCAUCCUCCCUUCCAGUAAAACCCAGGUUUCAACAAAGUACUUCCAUGUCUACCCUCCCCAACAGCUUGACAGUUGACAGUUGACAGUGUUGUUGCUAUGGCCUUCCUGCUACUUCGUUUCUUGCCCUGAAUCUCCAGGAGUCAUGUGCCAGGACUUGACUCUCUUCUUCUCUAAUAUUUCUAUUGCAACUGACUUCUGGAUAGAACUUCAGUAUUGAGGAAGAGGGUUCUUAUUAUAUUUCAAAUGGUCUUUGAUUUUAUUUAUUUUUAUGUUAUCUUUUUUCCUCUUUCACAAGGCAAGAAGAGAUGCAUUAGAGAGGGGGAGGUUAGCCAGAAGGAAAACCUUUUCUGUAGAUAAGCCUGAGUCCACCCUGGCUAAGUAAUCAAGUGUCCAGACAUUGAAUUCUUCCUACCAUAGCUUCAAGUGUCCAAGAAAGUUCUCCCCUUGAACUCACAGCUUCCCCACCAUAGCUUGGCUGUGUGCUUACUUGCGGUCUAGAUGGUCAUAGCAUUCCUGAACAGAGUUCAUUCAAUGAUUUCUAACUGCCUUUUGAAGCCAGAGUACUCUCCUAAGACUGAACAAUGCAGGACGCAUGAAUGCGUGAGAGUAAGUGUGGACGGCACUCUUUCAACAACUGCUUUUUCAGUGCUGAGCCUCAAGCAAGCAAAUCUGUGAGAGUUUUCAGCCAGGGCCAGGCUCCAGAGAAAAUUAUGAUCCAUCCAGGAUCUAGACAUACAGUAUCCCUCCUUAUCUUCUGGGCCUGUGUGCUAAAGCAUCCUCUCUGGUGGACGCCUGAAAUCUUGGCUAGUUCCAAACCCUGUAUUUACCACAAUUGUUAAUCUCGUCACUGAGGGGACUAAGUGACUGAAGAGAGGUAGCCUAUAUAGCAUGGAUACACUGGAUAAAUAAAUGAUUCAUGAUCCAUGUGGAAUGGAGCAAAAUCCUGUCACACUACUCAGAAUGGCACAUAAUUUAAAAUUAAUCAGUUUAACUCUAUGAUAUUACAUGUAAUAUCGUCAAACUGUGGUUGAUCAUGAAAACUGAAAGAAUGGAAGGUAAAACCACAGACUAAUGUACAAAGAACUGAAACUGUUGCUUUUGCCAAGACCUGCCAUUGGUAGCCAGCUUCUGUCCUGGAAAGGCAUUCAGGAGGACAAUAGCAAGAGGGGAAUCACUACCAAACUGCCUUUUUAUUUAGCUCAGUCUUCUGUUCCUUACUAACUGGGUACAGUCCUUGAUGUUAUCCCUAACAAUACAACAGAAGCCCCAAACCACCCAGCCCAGGCAUCACCACAUCACUGCUGAGUUCCUCAGGGUCCUCGGAGGUUCAUUGUAGCUGUAAUGUUACCUCAUUCAACCAAAGAAUUUGCCACGGAACUUCACUGCUGCUACAAAUACUGGCCACUUCUUCCAUUAUCUCCACGCUGUGUCUGAUAGCUUUGGGAGAAUCUUGGCCUGCAGGGUAUUCUAAGGGGUAGCAACCUUUUCUGUGGUUUGCCGGGUAUGCUUUUGUUUCUUAGUACUGCUGCCUCUACAAUAACCACUGUUGCUAUAUCAGUACCGCCAUUCUCCCCUCAAGUGAAAGAUUACAAACUGUUUAAAGCAUAACCCCCAAAUCUAUACUGAGCAUGAAGCUCUGUAGCCGCUAUUCUGUGCUAUGCUGUGCAGCACUGUGCUGUGGUGUGAUGUGAAGUGCUGUACAAAGCUGUGCAGUGCUGCGCUGUGGAGUGCAGUGCUGUGAUGUGAUGUGAUGUGCAGUGGGGUGGCAUGAUGUGAAGUGCUGUGCAGUGCUGUGAUGUGAAGCGCUAUGCAGUGCUGUCACGUGAAGUGCUGUGGUGUGAAGUGCUGUCCUCUGCAGUGCUGUGAUGUGAAGUGCAGUGGGGUGGCUUGAUGUGAAGCGCUAUGCAGUGCUGUGCAGUGCUGUAGUAUGAUGUGAAGUGCUAUGCAGUGCUGUCACGUGAAGUGCUGUGGUGUGAAGUGCUGUCCUCUGCAGUGCUGUGGUGUGAGGGAAUGGCUAUGUAGUGCAGUGCUGUGCUGUUCUAGCCUGUUCUAUUCAGGAUGGCUGAGUACUUACCCAAAGGGAAAUUGGGAGAGGUGAGGAGAUGCUUUGAAUAGAGGCCACACUUACCUUGCCUUCUUUUAAUAAUGGGCCCUAGGACAAUCGAUAAAACAGUUCAGAUGUCUUAUCCGAGGAUGAUGAGAGUUAUGUGUUGUAUCAUUCGAAGAUGUAUGAGAGUUAUGUGUUUUAUCUUUUGAAGAUUGUUUGGCUAUAGUAGAACCAGGAGCAGUCACUGUGCUUGAUAUCAUGGCCAUAGGCUGGGUAUUUUUAGCCUUUGUUAUGUUUCUUAUACCUUAAGUAUAUGAUACCAAAAAUACUAUUAACUGUGGUUUGUGUGUGUUUGUUGUUUUAGCAUUGUUGGAAGUGGGAUCCAGGGCCUUGUGUAUACUGGACAAGUGCUAUAUCACUGGACUACAGCCAAAGCCUUAACUUUCAUUUUUGUCAUUCGUCUCACCUCAAGAGUUUGUAGAGUCGGAUUCAUAAUACAAGGCUGAGUUUCCAAAGUAUUUGAAAGAUAACCUCAAAAAUAAGCUGAGUAGCAAAGUUCAAUCAACUGACACUGGCAUGCCCUCCUCUUCUGCUGUGGCGCUCCACAGUGAGGAACAUUGCUGCAAAGUGCCAGUGCUACUUGGCAUGGGAUAGCUCUCUCUGGUCUUGGUUUCUAGGAUCAGCCAUCCUCCAAGGCCCCUGAGGAGAUAGCGGCAUGAAAGUAGGUCAUAAGAUUGGCAACACCCACCCAAAGGUUACUGGUAUUUCGUUCUUUCCCUUCAAAUAACUUACAUAAACCUCACUGGAUAAUAGAAAAGCAAGGUGAUGGAUAGAAGAGAGCCAUUGCAAGAUCGCUGUCAUCCACCCAUUCUCCCCCCAUCCCCCGGCUCUAGAUAACAGAUGCUCCUCAAGUCAAAUGAUUGAAGACUCAGUCAAGAUAUAAAUUAAAUACCCAAGUAGACUCUUAGAGGACUCUUAGAGGAUGAGACAGCUAUACUGGAAUUAAAGCCCUAAAAAGGGAGCAAUUGGAUGCAUAGGAAAGGAAAGAGAGUAAAAACAUAAAAAGCCUCUUUUGAGACUGGGUUCAUAGUUCUGUUUGCCACUUAACUUCGUGUGCCAAAAAAGAUGUGUAAGGGGUACCAGAACUCCAUCUUCAACUCUAGCCUUCCCCGAGGGUGCUGCUUUUCUAGUAGCAAACCUCAAAUGGAAGAAGUUGGGUAUACUUCUGGCUACUUCUACCCAUGUGGAACUUGGCAACUCCCUCUCAUUGCCAAUAAUAAUUCUGUGGCAGAAUAUGGUAUUAUUUGAAGAUUAAAUUCUUAGAAGGGGUGGGGCAUGGGGCAGUGUAUAUAGAUAAAGAAUCAGUGUUUGCUGUACAAUUUCGGGGAGUUGUCGAUCCCAUGCAAUGCUAUUAUUUUUCUGACUCUUACUGUUUGUGUGUUUGUGUCCUCCACCAUUCCCCUCUUGGCUGACAUUGAUAUGCCUGCCAUAUUGUCAUCAAGGGUCAUACUUCAAUAAAAGGUGCUAAG